AUGGUAACUUUAUUAAUUCUGCUACCACUACUAGCUAUUCAUUCUUUCGCAUAUUACGACAAAUAUCGAGAAAUUGUACGUUCACUGGAUGAGUGGGAACGGGCCCUACUCCGCGACUUUGUUCGUGGAAAAGGACGUGGUAGUGUUUCACGAAUUCCGGUCGAGUUACUGAACGAACCGCCCCCAGAGUUAGAUGCAAUGCAUGAUGAUAACUUCGUCUCGUUUAUGGCACCGCCAGAAUCAGCUCUUCGUGCAGGACCGAUGAUGAACGUUCCCCACGAGUCACUUAGGAGUAUUUCAAUUACAGCAAAACAAACUAAAAAACUGCGAAACUCAAAAGAAGAUCGACCUGUACCCCCAGUUAUAAUGCCUGCUUCAAAAGUUAGACGUCGACCUGUAACUAUGACGAACAGCACGAUUCAAAAAAGAAACAGGACCGAAUGGGAUGAGCCGACGCAGGAGACGUUUAGAGAGCUCUCAGGUCUACUUCAGGUGGGAACAGAUAAUUAA